AAAAAAACAGGACGAAGAAGAAACCCAUCCAUCCAUAGGCCAGCUGCGGCUAGUUAGCAGAAAACAUAAACACCGAUCCAUCUCUGAGGAAAUCAGACUAUUUCUCGGGUUAGAUUUAGUUUUCCUCGUUGCUCUUUCUUUUAUAACUCUUACACAGUGCAGUAGGUUGUUUGAACCGGUCAUGUUAGUUCGGACUUUUGGAAACAAAAGGCCCUGAGGUUGUCCUGCUAACCGACGGUAAGAUAUUGGUUUAUAGAAACAGCUAUCUGAACGGCUAAGCUAACAUCCUUUAUGAAGGUUUCUGACGCACUGAACUGAAAUUAAACCCAUUUUACAACUCCACGUAAUUCACUGAAGAUUUUAAGGACGUAUUCUAACGUCAUUGCAUAUUUAAGUCAGCAUUUAUGGUGAAUACAGAGACGCUUAUACGCAGACCCGUUACAAUGACAGAAUUUGACCCAUAAACACAGAGGCGUCCUUUCUUUUCUUCUAACCUGAAAUUCUAGUUGCACAAAUGCUUAUUCUUGUAGAUGCAGGGUCGUUUAGAUGUUCAUACAUACAUUAAUUCUUGAGAACAUUGAUUAGAAUCUUAGAGAGAGUCUACUUUUGUGGCUGGUCGGCCUGUACGCCCACCCUGGUGAGGAGCUGGAGAGGCCUGUAGGGGGCUGGACUGGACUGGAGUAUAGAAACACCGACAAAGUUCAGGCUUUUUGUUUGACACAGAAACACUUUUAGGAUUAAUCUUUAUCUGUUUAACCCUUAUGAGUGCAACACUGUAAUUUCACCUGCUUAUUAAACUGUGUUUGUUACCUUCUACUCUUUUUUUGGACAGACACUCUUUUUGUUUUGGUAACAGGUGUUGAAAAAAUCCUCAUUCUUUUCCUUUUUUCCCCUUAUUUCUCAAUUUGACAAUAUCUUGUCACAUUGCAAUAUUUCUUAUCCAUUGGUUGGAAGGGAGCAGGGGAAAAGAAACGUCUUAUAUCACCCGCCCCUCACUCAAAGUCUAAUUGUUCUAAUAAUCUAUCACUGAGCAACAUUCAUACCACAAAACAAAAGAGUAACAACAAAACAAACAGAACAGAGUUUCAAAUUGAUUUAUCGGUCACUGAGCUUUACUGUCGUCAUACCAUUAUGUAAACAAAACAAGCAUAAUAAUAAAUAUAAAUAAAAGACAGCAUUUUCAGCUGACUUUUCAACAAGAAUCAUUGGUUACUUUUGUCAUAAUCUCUAAUUGCAUUUUCCUUUAACAUUUUCUUGGCUUGUAAAAGAUUUGUACAGGUCUUCAAUUCAUUACUUUGACAGUUCCAUAGUUUAACUCCCAUUACAGAGAUACACAUCUGUUUCAGAGUUGUCUGUGCAAACAGGUGUGUAAAAUGAAACUUCCUUCUUUGUUCUCCAUCAUCUGAUCUCAGAGAACCAGUAAUUUCUAGUAGAGAGAGACCAACUUCUAAAUAUUUAGAUGAAAUCAGCUCCAUAUUUGCAAAAUAUUCACUUAAAUUCAGCUAUUUCUUAUCUUAUCUGUUCUUUUCAUUAAAUCAAAGAUGUGAUACCAGCAUUAUGUAGCCAACCUGCUCUUCUGUUAUUCUUAUCAGCUGUUGAAAAACAGAUAUUUUUAGCACAGUUCAAGUUAAGUAAGAAAGUCACCUGCUGUCUUCACAGACCAUGAUUCAGCUGGAAAAACCAGUGCUACCUGGUACCAUGCCUGUGGUAUGGCCCACAAUUCUUGACCUGGGCCGGGAUGAAUGCAAGAGGAUUCUUCGGAAACUGGGUGAGCUUACUGGGCAUCACUAUACAGUAUACACUCAGUUUAUACAGCUGAAAAUUAGGCUACCCAGAACAUGUUUUAGUUUUUCUGGUUUAUCUCACAGUAUCUAAAUGUCUCAUUAAUCUGGAUCCUGUAAAGCUAAUUAUCUGGUUGUAGUGUUUUACUUGUAUGUCGUGUUUUUUAAGCGUAGCAUUUACGGUUCACUCCAGUCUUUUCAGCUGUUUGAUGAGUGCUUUUGUUUUCCAGAGCUGGAGGCGUAUGCUGGAGUUAUCAGCGCCCUGCGAGCCCAGGGAGACCUGACGAAGGACAAGAAGGAUCUGCUGGGGGAGCUCACUAAAAUCCUUGGGUAAUUAUUUCUUAUCUGAGUCAAACAAUAAGAAUGUCAAAACUAAAUUAUUAACCGUUUGUCUGCCUCCUUUUACAGUAUCUCCACAGAGCGCCACCGUGCAGAAGUCCGCAGAGCUGUCAAUGAUGAACGUCUCACCACUAUUGCGUUUCAGUAAGUGUGAAAGCCUUUUGGUGUCGUCUUUAUCUUACAGUCUGAAAAGAAGUAUGGUAUUUGGCGCAUAUAAGUUUGUCAAUUCAUGGUUUUGUCUCAAUAACCGAAUGUGAGGAAUAAAGGUUUUAAAAAAACAUUUAACUGAACACCUCAUGUCCUCUUUUGCAGCAUGUCUGGUCCUAACAGCUCAUCUGAGUGGUCCAUCGAAGGACGCCGGCUGGUCCCCCUGAUGCCCCGACUGGUCCCUCAGACAGCCUUCACUGUGACCGCGAAUGCUGUAGCCAGCGCCACAGCCAAUCAAAACGCAUCCCUUCUGCUGCCAGCUGAGACUGGAAACAAAGAAGGUGAGCCGGCUUCACUUCAUUUUUAAUCAGAGAAGCUGAAAAAACAGAUAAGAUGUUGACCAUGUUUAAUUCUCUCCCCGAAGUGGUUGUCUGUUACUCCUACACAAGCACCACCUGUACCUCCACCAGCGCCACAGCCACCAGCGGCACCAUCGGAGCGACUGUAAAAUCACCACGACCUCCCAGUCCUUCUUCUAAUGUGGUGGUGCUGCCCAGUGGGAGCACGGUCUAUGUGAAAAGUGAGUGUCUGCAUUUCAAUAAUGUAACAGAAAGUUUUUUUUUUUUUUCCAACAGGUUGCUGCUGUUACUUUUAAAAGAUGAAAAACAUAAUAUUCAGUGUAAAAAUAUAGAUAGAUUGCAGGUUGGAAUAAUAAUCCUGCAGAUGUUAUUUUUAGACACAAUCAAUUUUUCAAAUUUGUCAAAACUUCAGAGUUAGAAAGACAUAUUGGACUUCUUUUGACUGAGAGCACAGCUUAAUGGAUUCUCCUUACAACAUGAGAUUUGGGGAAGUCUUUUUGUAUCUUUUUUUACUUUUUUUUUUUUUUUGCACUGAUCAGCCUGAGGGGGGCGCCACAGGGCAGGUUAUUCAUUACCAAGUGGGUUCAGCAUCAGGAAUAGAGCUGAGUAAAUACUUUGAUGAAAAGUAAUUGUUUUUAAUAUGUGUAACAUCUUAGUGCUACCUCAAUCAAAUACUGAGUUUGUAAAAAAAGAUGUUAUUUAGAAACUGAACAUUUCUAGAUCUGAAACCUGCUCCUUAGUCAAUCUUUAAGAAUAUUCUAAUAACUUGAUAUUUCUCAAUUUCAUCAUCUAAAAACCAGGAUCAUCCAAAUUAAGUAAAAAAAGACUUGAAAUUAAAUAUUUUAUGCUUUAGAUUAUGAAUAAAAACUCAUAUACACUCCUUUAUUCAAAACAGUCUGGAUAUGCUGGGUUAAAAUUAACAAUUUAUCCAGCAUGUGGACAGUUCUCAGUGUAAUCGUGAGGAUAUUAUAGGGAGUAAGAGUUGAAUGAAAUAUGAAAUCUAAGUGUGCACACUGUAAACUGUAAAGUUCUGGUGAGAUCUUCAGAUUUAUAAAACUGUGUUCGAAAACGCUCAUUUUUCCUAUUAAUAAAUUACAGUAGCUGAUCUUCAAUUAGGUCCAGUGACACAAUCAUCUCAUGGCAAGUAAAAACUCCAGUCUGCUAAUUUUUUCUUUCUUCUGUCCUCACAGGCGUGAGCUGUUCUGACGAGGAUGAGAAACCUCGAAAGCGAAGGAGGACCAACUCCUCCAGCUCUUCACCGGUGAUGCUGAAGGAGGUCACCAAAGUGUCACCGCAGGUGUCCAAAAACAUCACUGUCCCCGUGAGCGGCAGCCCCAAGAUGAGCAAUAUCAUGCAGAGCAUCGCCAACUCACUGCCACCCCACCUGUCCCCGGUGAAGAUCACCUUCACAAAGCCCACCAUCCAGACCACCAGCACCACCACGCAGAAGGUAAGAGUUGCACAAUUACCAGAGUACAUCUUUCAAACACGCUGUUCACAUGAGAAUUAAAAAAUGUCUUAUCUUGACUCAGGUGAUCAUCGUCACAACGUCCCCCAGCUCCAACUUCGUCCCCAACAUCCUGUCCAAGUCUCAUGCUCACAACAACGCCGCUCUGUCCAAACUGGGCUCCUCUUCCAUACUGGCCACACCCACACAGAAGCAGACAGUGGUGUUCCCGGCAAGCUCCAGCCCAUCUCCGAACACCGUUGCGGUGACCACAGUGGUCUCCUCCACACCAUCAGUGGUCAUGUCCACUAUGGCAACAUGUAGGUUCCCUUUUUUUUCCCACCAACAUGUGAAAGAGAACCAAGAACGAUGAACUGUCCGUUAUUUUAAUCAGUAUAUCGUGUUUCAGCUCUUCAGCGAGGUUUUCAGCUUCUCCACUCUCUGAACCCCCACCGUCUUCUUCCUGCUUCUAUAGGCGCCGCUUCAGCAGGAGUGAAGGUGGCUUCGGCCAGACUUCCUUCACCCAAAACCCUGGUGGGCUCACCCGCUCAGAUCCUGGCUCAGUUCCCCAAACAGCAGUCACCCAAACAGCUACAGCAGGGCUCACCUUUAGGUGCUGCAGGUGUCAGUCAGGGCCAGAUUACCAGCAGCUCAACUGGAGCAAAACCCACCAUCCAGAUCAAGCAAGAGUCUGGUAAGCCCACCUCAGAUCAUCAAGUAGAGAAGUAUAAUUCAGUUUUUGCUUGAUUUUCAUAGAUUAUUUUAAUGAUAAAGGGAUUGCAAGAGACUUUUAAUUGGUUUUUAUAGUUUCUUAUUUUCUUUUUCCUCUUAACAAAGUAUAUAUUUUUUACAUAUAGACCUACAGAGCCUAUAUAACAAAUAAAACCUACCAUAUAAUAAGAAAAUUAACUUUAUUUUGAUUGUGAAUGUAUCUGUUUUUUACCAACAGGAGUCAAGAUAAUCGCUCAGCAGGUUCAGCCCAGCAAAAUCCUGCCCAAACCGUCAUCAGUGGCUCUGUCUAGCAGCAGCUCGUCUCCCAUAAUGGUCGUCAGUAGCAACGGAGCCAUAAUGACCACAAAACUGGUCACUCAGCCCACAGGUAAUUAAACAAAAUCCAGUAAAUUAACUUUGGCGUGAUGUCUUUUAGGUCUGUCCUGUUGCUAUGUUACAAUUCAUGUGCUCUUAACACUGAAAUAGAAUUUUAAAAAGUACUUCAUCCUAAAUGUAAGAGACGUAUUUCAGUCUGUAGACUCUGUUAUGAGCAAUUAGAUGUUAACUCAGUGUUUGUCUGCAGCUACCCAGGCCACCUACACGAGACCCACCGUCAGCCCGGGCAUUGGCGCCAGAAUCUCAGCCUCCAGUAGCGGGACGACCUACGUGAAGACCACCAGCGGUAACAUCAUCACAGUGGUGCCAAAGUCUUUGGCGACUCUGGGCGGGAAGAUCAUCAGCAGUAACAUCGUCACUGGUGAGUCCUCCUGACGCCAUCGAUUUGAGGUCAUCCCCGCAGUUUAAUAAAGAUCAGUUCAGGUUUGAUGGAUGGAAUUAUUUCUGCUGCAGGGACAACCACUAAGAUCACCACCAUCCCCAUGACUUCCAAACCCAACGUCAUCGUGGUUCAGAAGACCACAGGGAAAGGAGCGACUAUCCAGGGACUUCCGGGCAAGAACGUGGUCACCACGCUUUUAAACGCAGGGGUCAGUGGAACAUCUCUGUUUGAACGUUUGUAUCCUCAGUCCAGACAAGUUAUCAGCCGUGGUAAACUGUGAACUGUGGUGUGUCUCAGGGCGAGAAAGGCCUGCAGGCUGUUCAGGGGACCAAACCGGCGAUUAUCACCGCCUCCAGACCCAUCACCAAGAUGAUCGUCACCCAGCCCAAAGGCUUGGGCUCUGGAUCUCAGACCACCGCCACCAAGAUCAUCCCCACCAAGAUCGUCUACGGACAGCAGGGAAAGACUCAGGUGAGAGGUGUUCUUGUCUUUGUUUCUCUUUCUUUUCUCUUUUUUGUGUCUUAUUUUUAAAAACAGUUUCUGCUGACCUUUGAUUACAGUGUUAAUCUGAUUUUAUUCACUAGAGGAAAACCCCUGAACCUGUAGGCAGACAGAUAAAUACUGCGCUCAGAUACUGACCUUUACUCUUCCUCCAUUCACUUCCCUCUGAUUCAGGAGAUGUAUUACUCUUCAGCUUAGUGUAAUCGAUCACACAGGCAGAGACAUUUUGCAUACAGCUGACUGGUGUGUCAUUUGACUUUAGCAAAUGUGAUGUGGGCAGUAGUCACACCACCAUAUGACCCGAAACAUGUCAUGCAGUCACCAGUUUCUGGUUUUCCAAGACUGAUGUCCAGUAAAUGUUCACCUGUAUCACUUAAAUUCAGCCUCUCUGAACACUAAGGGAACUGACUGCUUUCCAAACAGCCUGUAUCUGCGUGUCACAUGAUUGUAAAAUGUAAACAUGCACUUGACACUGCUGCCAUCAUACAUACACAAGCAAAACAAAGCAGGACUUUGUAGAAACUUUGUAGACUUUGAAAAUGUUCAUUUCAUGAUUUCUCCAGAAUUUAAAAUCACCAUGACAAUCGCGGCGGAUGAUUCAGAGGAAUUACAAGAGUGCCCGAUAUGAGAUUUGAAACUGUAUCACAUGGUUUUUAAAGGAAGAGCCCGCUCAAAAUAACUGAAGCGACGCCUGAACACCUCACACCUCUUCAGUAUUUCUCUUGAAAUCUGUUUGGGGAUUUUUUAAUUUAACGGCUAAUGUCAUUAUAUAAUCUUAAAGGGUAAUUUCCAUCAUACUUAUGUACAGAUGGUUUUUACCACAUCUGCACCUUUUAAACAAUCAAAACAGUAAAAUAGGUAAAGAAGCUGUUUCUGCUAAAUUAAGAGUCCGCUUAGUGAUCACAGAUUGAGUAUUUGAAUCUUGAAAAAUUUAAAAUGACAAUAGGAAUUUGCUGAUUUCUCCACAUCAUAGUUUCAAUAUCAAAGUUACCACUAGGAUCUAAAAAUAGCAACAACCCAGUUUCAGUUCUCACAAAGAAAGAGGAACCUAAGGUUGAUGAGUCAUGCGUAGGAUUCAGUACAAACACUCUCCUGCUGACCACAAACCAGAUCUGCUAUAAAUAGAAACGGCUCGUCCGAGUGGUGUGGUAACUCAAAAACUGCAGUUGACCCAGGUGUGGUACAAGAUGAGAAAACACAAGCGGAAAGAAAAUAAACACAAUGAAUUAAAACAUGAUAUCCACACAGUAUAGCUGCAGAGAAAAAUGCCAUAGUGCUCAACUGGAAUUAAUCUUAUAUUUACUACUGUCCACUGUUUGUCCUCUCCAGUUUUUAGUCUGGAUCUUAAAGCAUCCAGACCUCAGCGCUCUUGACUGGAUCAUGUCGGUGCAACAACUCAGACAAAUAAGAUUGUAUCAGCCCAUUAAAAGCUUUUUUUUUCUCAAAUGUCUAUAUUGUUUUUACUUUUUAUAAUGUAACACCAGAAGCAGACAGAGUACAGUGUCACUUGGCAGUCAAAUUAGCCUUCUUUGUUCAGCUUUGUAAAGGAUUUUAAGGUGGGGGGGGGUCCACUUUCUCCAGCUGUGUGUAUAUUGGCACUGUGAUCGGUAAGGGCCGUUGAAAACAGAGAGGACAUGCUGGUUUGAUAUGAUUCAAUGUCUUUUUUUUCCAUUUAGAAAACAUGAACACAUUACAGUCACUCUCCAGUUUACAAGAACUUAAUGAAGCACCUUUAAGUUUAAAACACGCAAAGUGACUCUGACAGCGUUUAUGACCGCAACAUGACUGAUCACAUACAACCAGAGAAAAUAAAAUCAGCACUCAGAGCAUCUACAACCUCCUGCAUCUUUCUCAAAGGCCCUCUUUUUUUAAAUUUUAAAGUCACUUAAGGAGACCCGCACCCUCAGACGCAAAUCCUUCUGCAGGAGCGCUUUACCAAACUCUUUUCUCAAACAAGUCUCGUGAUUGUGUCGCAGAGCAGAGCCCGAAGCUUUCAGUAUUCUUCAGCUGAACAGAGAUUAAAUUAGAGAAACAGAAACUAGGAUCUUAACCUUUAAGUAUACUUUUAUUUUUCAAUACAUCUGUGUAAAUGAGGAAAAUAAACACACAAAUAGAGUUAAAAAUUUAAAAACUUACUAUAUGAAAUUAUCAUUUAGACAUAUUUUUGCUACAUCUCCUUUUUAAAUUUUUUUUUUUCAGGUUCUCAUUAAGCCCAAGCCGGUCUUCCAGACAGCGUUGGUUGAACAGACCAGACAGCUGGUCACCGAAACUCUGCAGCAGGUGACCCGCUCUGCCGACAUCGGGCAGGGUCAGAGCUCAGGACAAGAUGGAUCCACCAAGGAGGAGUCCAGUGAGGCCUCUCACAGCAGCACUCAAGGUUAAAAAAGACACACUGGAUUUCAUUAUUGCACGAUCGUGGAUGGAUGUGUAUUUGAUGAAGAUAUCAUCCUUUUGAAACCGACUAUUCUCCCAUCAUUCCUCAGAACCUCAGCCUGUGGUGCACGUAGUCACCUCCAGAGAGCAGGAUUGGACCGAGCAGGAAGUAUCGGUGGAGUCCAGCCCGACUAUAAUCUACCAGGAGGUGUCUGCCGGGGAUUCCCAGUCAGCCGCCUCCACCAUCAAAGCUCUGCUGGAGCUGCAGCAGACAACAGGUGAGCUAUUAUGUCACCAACAGGCUGCAGAUGUGAAGUGGAAAGAACGGGGGAAGUGGAAAAAAAGUCAACAAAACAAACAACAACAAGCCUGUCAUUGUUAUAUAUAUUUUUUUCACAAUGAGCCCUUUAGACUGCAAACCUGCUGGACAGGGUUGGUGACAAAGAUUCCCACUCAGUAUUCAAAGCUAAUAGACCGAGUGGAGCAAAAGCAGAGUAAUAACAGACAAUGAUAUGACACUGUGUCUGACGGUAGAUUCUCAGGAUGUGUAAAUGUGUGCAGGGCAGAACAACAGGUUUGUUUGUUCAUUAAAAAAAAAGGUUCAGUGUUCCAUAGAGAGACGUUGUGAUUUCUUUGUGCAGAUAAAAAUGAAUGCGGUUCAAAGAGGAUUUGUUUGAUUCGUAGGAAAAGCAACUUCACGCAGUGCUUUGACGAGCAAGCAAACAGUGAAAGACUACCAAGCAAACACGCCAUGCCUGCAAAUGAUUUAACAAUCACAUCCCUGAAAUGACCAUUUCUUUACCUCAGCCAAGCAGAGAGCGUGUUUUUAGUCAGAAUAGGUUUCAAUAAGAAGCAUUUGUUGAUUCUUAAAUUGUCCUGUACCUGUAAGCGUCUACAGUCUGCUGUGAAUGAAAACUUUUCUUCUCCCCCCUGUGUUUCAGGACUAAUAACGUGGCUCUGAAAAACUCCUUCUGUUUGUGGUUGGCGUGUUAAUAAAAUGAUGACUAUGGUCUGAAAAGUAAGAAAAUGAUGAGAAGAAUGUGUCAAUCUGUGUUUCCAGGAGCGCUGGAUAUCUCCCAUAAGAUCCUUGUUUUAAUAAAAUAAAGAAACCAGAAUAUUUCCACUUUUCAGCACCUCGAGUUUGAUAAUCAUGUCCCCUUCAGGCUCAACAGUGUCUGAAACCUCUAAGUGUUUUUAUCGUUGACAGACGAUGGAUAAAAGGUGAAGUGCGGGAGAACAGAGUUUGACUCUAUAAGUUUAAGAGUCACUGUUAAUAACCUCUGUGAAACUCGACUCUUCCUGUCCAUAUGUUUCACAUUUAGAGCUCUUCAGUGGCUCAAAGGACUUCAUAUUUCUAUUUCUCUGCUGCCUUUUAAUGUGAAACAUCUGCAGGAAGUGUUUAGUGUCAGGAGCAGUAGCACAGCUCCAAAUGAAGAUCUCUAAAUAGCCAUAAGUGGAAUUACUGAGUGAAUAUUAGCGGUUUAAAAAAGUAGAUUUAUGGCUGUUUAAUUGGUGCUCUGUGAUUAAAGAAGACCCUCCUCUUCCCUGCAGUGAAGGAGAAAGGAGAGUCCAAACCCAGACAGCACACCAUCGACUUAAGUCAGAUGGCCGUCCCCAUCCAGCUUGCCCAGGAGAAGAAACCCAGCCCCGAGUCCCCCAGACCCUCCACCUCAGAGGCUGAAGCCAGCGCUGAGUACGUCCCACCAGGUACGCCUACACGGUCUGCUGCAAACGCACAAACUGAGAACUAUGUCAGCUGAGGGGGAAGGAGGUGCAGAUCUGAUACUUGAAGCUCCUGUGAGGAGGUUUUAGCAGGUUGUGAAACAGGCUGAGAUUAAUACUGAUCUGAAAAAGUCCUGAAAGUGCUGUCAAAGGGUACAACCCAGACUAGGUGAAACAGACUCUAGAUUUACGUUGAUUGAUGGGCAUCUCACAGGAACAAACUAAACAUCAAAAUAAACCUUUAAUGUGACACCAUGAGGUCAGUCCUCUGUUUUGUUCCUUCAAGAGAGAGAGAAAAAAAAACAAGUUAAUUCUUUGUUUUUUCCAUGUUUGAAUAAACCCCUCUCACACCUGGUAUCUCACUCCAUGCUCUCAGGCAAAGUCAGCAGGCUCACUGUGUCCGCAGAUGACGAGGACGUGGUCAUGUCCUCCACUCAGCAGCUGGUGAAGCCGUUCAAGACCACCAUCAGCCAGGUGACCAUGGUGACCAAACCUGUUGGAGUCCCCACUGCAGCUUUGCAAGUUAGUCAAACGGUGAGACAAGACGUCAGGUGGAGACUUGUGGUAAUCAUAAUGAGGUUGUUGGUUGUAAGCUAUAAAGGGUGAAUGGAUAAAUGUCAGGGAUUCAACAGGAGGAAAUAUGUCCACUAUGUUGGUGUUUACGAUUUCAAAUAUGCCCAAACUCCAGGUUCAUUCCCUCUUUUACCUCGCAUUUUUUCCCUCAAGCUUAAACGGCCACUUUUACCAAAUAAGACAAACAUUUCCCUCUUUUCACCCAGAGUAUGAAAGCAAAUGUGCAUUUACGUGUGCAGCUUUUUGAGUCUGAUCCAGCAGAGGUGAGAAGAAUUGUUGGUUUGUGGUGAUGAAAACCUACAAAUAUGCUUCCUAGAAACACAACGAACACCACAAACCACUGCGGAUAAGUCUCCGAGUUUUUCAGGAGAAAUUUCUCCACUCAGAGUAAACAAACUUCAUACCGAGUGUUUGGGUUUAUUUGCCUUUUUGAAAUUAGACAAUUUAGUUGAAAAGACCCAAAAGUUAUGAUGGUUAGCCACUUUAUAUAAAUGUAAUGAGUGGUAAAGGUUUGACUGGACAGAAAUAACCCAAGAUAAUACUAAACCAUUACUUCAAAUUGGUUAAAUUUGAAUAAAAUGGGUAAGUUUUCAAAACAGGAGUGUUGUUCUCAGAGUUAAAUCUGGAAUACAGAUUUUCUGAAGGUGACCCAUGAGGAUCACGUACACAUGAAAAAUGACAUUUUGAAAAAAGAGGGUAGUACACUGUUUUGUGAAGUAUUGAGAAUUUAAGGAUAUCCAUAAGAUAAACUGUCAUUGUGCUGUUAUUCCUGACACGCCUGAAGUCAACCUGCUGUUUUAAAUCGAUAGCAGUGAGUCGUAUCAGCUGUUUAUGAUUAUUUACAAGCUUUGGAUAAACUUCAAAAUGGGAUACUCCCUCAGCCGCCAGCUAUCAGUUCAACACAACAAACAACCCUGGGAUAGUUAAAAGCAAUCUGGUUUUGAUUUGGGCUUUUCUUUGUGUGUGAAAACAAGCUAUGACAGCAUCAGGGUAUGGAGCCCAAGGAGCUCAUCCAGUUUCGAUAAAACCAGCGAUAUUAGAGCUACAUCUAGAGAUAAAAAAUUUAAAACCAAAGUCCACGUUUCAUAAGCUGUAAUCACAGGCUAAGGCUGAUCUGUGCAAACUUUAAAACUCUAUUGGUGAUAUCAGAAGGGCAACCAGACUAUCAUGAAGAGGAAUGUGAAUCAUCUGGUGAAGUUAAGCUGAACAGCUGAGGGCAAACAAUGGUGGCAAAAGCACGCACAGCCUCUCCUCAUUACAAACACAGCUUCUUACACAGUUGAUUCAGUGUCUGAAAUGACAGUAUGAUGCUGAUGGGUUCAUGCUUAUGUUGAGGUUUAACUCUUCUGUUUCUGAUUUUAGAUCAGGGCCCGUAUGCACGUUGAAAGCGUUUAGCGUAAACGCGAUUAGGGCUUAAACGCGUUUAGUUAUACGGGCCUUAAACGCGUUUAGUUCCUAUACGAUUUUGGUAUGCACAAUGCUGUAAACGGAACCGUAUAGCUAACCGCGUUUACUGUGUCUUAAACGGGUCGAGUGACGGUUCGACUGACUGUCGACUGAUCCACUCCUACCAACUCCCCACACAAGUCUUGGAAAGAAGAAGUGGCGUAGUACCGUAAGGUUACGAGGACUUGUUGUAGUGGAGUGAGGGUGAAUCCUCGGUUCGAAAGUUCAAUUUCAGCGGAAAUCUCCUGUGUGAGGUCGAGAAUAUGGUGCCGUCGAAAUCUAAACUUACGGAACACUUCGCGGUCGUCAUACGUGUCGAAGGGGUGUUUUCUGUCACGAAAAAUCCUGUUUCGACGCAAUUGUCGCCGCUGUCUUCCUUGGAACAACAAGAGUGCCGCCGUAUUUAAACGCGUAUAGACCUGCUAUUGGACCCCCAGAGGUGCGAUAACUUUGAACGCGAAAAUCCGUAUAGGAACGGCUAUACGAAGUGACGUGCAUACCGACAUUUUUGGCGUUUAGGAGUUAACGCGUUUUGCCAAGCAACGUGCAGGUUAGGUUACUAAAUCUUCAAAACAUACAGGCUAAAAUUCGUUUAAAUGGAAAUGACCCUUUAAUCUAGACGUUUUUAAAACUUGUAGAAACACUCUCAGCAUCUUAGCUAAGGACUGCUGCUCUGCUAACGUCCCUAACUAACCUUCCUGUGUGUGUGUGUGUGUGUGUGUGUGUGUGUGUGUGUGUGUGUGUGUGUGUGUGUGUGUGUGUUUCAGCCCUCUGACAGUCAGAGUAAAACAGAAACCGUGUUGGAGGUGGGAGAAAUGGAGGGCGACACUCUGGACCCUCAAACCGGCUUGUUUUACCGCUCCAGCCAGUCAGCCACAGAGCCCACGAAACAAAUCCCUCACUCUGCAGCCGCUCAGCCUCCACCUGUCAGCCAGGCAGAGCAGAGCCAGCAGACCUCCACCUCCACCUCCACCCAGCCUCCUCCUCCACCUCCUCCACAGCUGCAGAGCAAACCUCAGAUCAGCCAACCUUCCUCGUCCUCCUCCACCUUCCCCUCCACUCCCCCUCACAUUAAGAAACAACUCCCCAAACUCCACGUGCAGAGUCCGCCCAAACCGCAGGUCCUGACCCAGAGCCCCAAAGACAGACCCGUGGCUGCUCCAGCACAGGCCGGGGCAAAGGUCACAAGCCCGGGAACGCCGACUAAGCCUCUGGUGACGCCGCAGCUACCAAAGCUCCAACAAGCACCCACAUCCCACCACAGACCCCUGCACACACCCAUGUCUCACCCUCCUCCACUGCAGGCGCACCACCCGGUCAGCACAGAGAAGACCUCCUCCAGUCAGGUGAGGGUUUACACCGACACUCUGCAGCACCAACAGGAGGGAGAAACAAACAACUCGGGGCUUUUCUAACAUGGUGACAAAACCAGGUUGUGUAGCAGAGCUGUGGGGUUCCCCUGCAGUCUUUUCAUGUUUACUUACACAGGCUGAUAAGCAGCAAUAUAACAGGUUUACAGCUGUAUUUAUGCAGACUGCAGCUACUGCUCUGCUCUGUUUUAUGACACUGAAUUUACAUCUGCUCAGAUGUGCUGUAGCUCUCUGUCUCACUAACCGUUUAGGGACUUUCUCCAGAGUGACACCAGGUUCUUGCAGUCAUGCAGUGAGGAGAGAUAACUGUAGUAAAUGAGAUGCUGUCAGGUUACAAAUGAAUGACUGUCUGACUGUCAGAAAUUCUUUUAAAUGUCUUCUGUCUGUUAAACUAUCCUCCCCACAGCAGCCGAUCAUCACACAAAGCGCCACCGUCACUAAGAUCUCCUUCGGCAGCUCCCAUCAUUCAACGCCGGUCUUCAGCAGCGGCGAGGCCACGGCCAAACUGAUCCCAGAGUCCAGCUCCGGGCCCUCAGGAAGCAAAUCCUCAGUGUCAGAUAUCCUGAAGAUCUCUAUGAUGGAGGCGGAGAUCGACCCCAGCACCGAGCCCAUGGUGGUGGAUUCCUCCAGCGACUGCGGCCCUCUGGGGAAAGCUCUGGAGGUCCAGGCCAUGUCAGGCACACUGGACUCAGGCCAGUUCAUCAGCAGCUCCGGGACCUCCAUACAUCAUUCCCACGCAAAGCCGCAGCAGUUCAGCUGCAUGCCGAGCCUGGCUGCACAAAGGAGCAAAGAGGACCUGGAGGUCAUUGAGGUAAAAUGUUUCGAUGUAAUAAACCGCAGAGGGUAAGACAGGGAUUGAUGAUAGGACGUCUUUCUUGUGCUGACAUCUUUGAUUAAAACUGCAGCUUAAGAAAAAGACGUCAUGGUGGUUAAAAUGAAGAAGAAAACCAGACACUGACUUUUUUAAAGAGUGGAAAUUUAAUUUAGAGUUGUCCAGCACAUCAAAUUCAUCAUUGACAGUUUAUAAACGUUGAUUUUAAAUUCUCUGAGAUUGAUUAAACAGUACACUUUCAGCCAAAGACUACAUAUGGGGAUAAAAAGCAGCUUUCUAUACUUUUGUGACACCAAUCCUCUGUAUCCUUGUUUCAUUUUAAAAGUAUAUUAUUGCAAUAGUAGGGAAUUUGAUUGACAGGUAUAUCUGUGGAUGCAUUAGUCCAUUAUUGAAUUAACCACACCUGUGCCACAGAGAUUGGAGCUGUUGUGAUGCUUGCAGGGCUUGGGCUUGACGCCUGUGUCAUUCUGAUGUACAUUUAAAGGGAUAUUCUGGCGUAAAAUUAAUUUAGGGUCAAUCACACAGUAACACUGAGUUAGACACACCGUUGAGAGAUGAAUUUUGUCGACCGCUUGCUUCUUUAGUUAUACCAACUUUAGUAACGACCGCAGAUAGCAAUACACAGCGGUCCCAGGAGCCACGCGCUCUAGGCCUGGACGAUAUAGAAAAAAAGCAUAUCGAUAAAAAAUAAAUCAUAUUGAUCGAUAUCGAUAAUUAUCGAUAGAAUUAUUAUAAUUAUUUAACAUAUAUUUUAAUUGCAGCCCUGGAUGUUUUAUGCUAUUGCUUAAUGACCUACUUUUAAUAAAGAACACAGAAGCACUGAAUUCAAAUUCAAACCUUUAUUCAACCACCUUUUUUAUUUUACCACAACUGAAAGUUUUUUAAAAAAGAACUAAAAAAAAAAAGAAAUCAACUUAAGGGGCCUGAGUGACGUCAGUAAAUACUGACAAACAUAAAGACUAAAGUGACCAGAAAAUCUGAUAAAUAAAUAUUUAAAUAGUCAUUUGAUGAAAAUAAACAAAACAAACAAAUAUAUAAAUAAACAGAAUAGCUUAAGGUGGGAAUAGCAUACUACCAGUUUUAACCGUGUGGGAAACUGCCCACAGCCUGGUGUCUGAACACUGAAAUAUUUCUCCCGGGGUCGGGAGAUUUAUUAUUUUUAAUUAUCAUGUGAUUGACUUGAUACACAAACUGAGCACGAGAAGCAGGACUUAUCCACGCCGGUGUUGUGUCGUAGAAUGCACCCCUGCCGAAUGCACCCCCUGCUAGUAGCCAUGAUCCAAAUACUCGCGUCUUUGUAAAAUAUGAGCUCAUUUUCUUCCACUUUAAGAAGCUAAUGAGUGGACGGGAUGCAGGGGUGCAUUCUUCUCACCUUUUCAACCCCUGACCCAUUUUCAUGCCUGAAGCGCUGUGUUUGAGAAAUACUUGCCGGCCGGGCACUUCAUAUCGCGGGUCGAGAGUGGCUAGAAGCUGGUCGAAGCCAGGCUUUUCAACGGUAGUUAUUGGCAGUAUGUCCCUCGCUAUGCAGCAUGUUACUGCAUGGGUGAUGUCCUUAUGCCGCUCGGACGCUUUGUCGUAUUUUGGCAAGAAACGAAGUCCAGUUUGGUCUGCUUCACUUGCUUUGUGCUGGUGCUGGCAGCGGUUCCAGAGGAUUCCUCCUCCGACGACGUGGAGCCGCGGCGCGUCCGACACAGCUCGUACUCCUGUGGGUGCGACCGGUUUAGAUGGUAAAACAAGUUGGUUGUGUUACCAGACUUGGUUUUUACUAAUUCUCUGCAAAUUUUGCAAACGACCGCUGUUCGCUUUUUGUCAGACUUCUAAAAACCAAAACAUUGCCAUGCUGGUGAACUACUGAAACCUUUUUUCGGGACAAUUUCCUCCGCUUCUCCUUGCUGUAUCAUUUUUUCUAAUACACGUGCUGUCUGUUGUGGUUUGAUAGGGGCUGGGCUUGGUGCCGUAGCGUACCUGGGUCUGCGUUUGUGAUUGGUUGGGAGGAAGUAAUGACUGUAGCAAAAGCUACAUGAUAGGCUAUGAUGAAAAAGAAAGGGAAACUGUGUUUUUCUAUCGAACUUUUUAUCGACCCGUUUUUUUUCUAUCGCAGCACACGUCUAUCGAUCGAUAUAUAUUGUUAUCGAAUUAUCGUCCAGCACUAACGCGCUCAAUCAAAAAGCCACUCUAUAGCCACAAAUAAUGCUCAGAACAGCACCUAACUUCAUCAACAGGACAUAUAGGGUCCCAGCCAUAGCACUAGCCACCAAACAUCUUUUAGCUUUGCCUGAUUUCUUUAGCAAAGAGACUAAACACAACUCACCUACUCUCUUCCAGCAGCCGCUUGUCUCUACAGAUACCUCAGGCAAGUCCACUACUGCAGCGGGGUGACGCAGCUCAAGGAAGAACAUUUUUGGUCAUUACUUUAUCAUUUCCUUGCAGUAAUAAUCAUCAUAUUAAUCAUUUUACUCUGCAGACGCGGUAGUUCUUCUGCCUUAGCCUCUUGGUCUGAUUGCAUCACCAUGAAGAAAUUAUCAUAAAUGUUCUUCCUUGAGCUGCGUCACCCCGCAGCAGCCCAUAAUGGAUUGGCCCGAGGUCUCGCUACAAACAAGCGGCUGCUGGAAGCGAUUAGGUGAAUUGUGUUAAGUCUUAGGCAAAGUUAAAAAGAUGUUUGGUAUCUAGUACUAUGGCUGUGACCCUAAAUGUACUGUUGAUGAAGUUAGGUGCUGUUCUGAGCAUUAUUUGUGGUUAUAGAGUGGCGUUUUGGUUGAGCGUGUGGCUCUCUGUAUUGCUAUCGUGCGGUAGUUAGUCAAGUUGGUAUAACUAGAGAAGCAAGCGAUCAGCAACAUUCAUCUCUCAAGGGGGUGUCUAACUCGGUGUUAUGGUGUGUUUGGGUAUCCCUUUAAGUUAGUAAAGAGGUGCACACAGACUUUGGUUAAUUUGAGUAAAAUAAAAAUAAUGUCAUGAUGUCGUAUUAUCAGGAUUUAUCCAGACUGAAGCCCAAAUGUGUGUCUAACAUGUGUAGGUGAUUCCUCAGUACUCCAUCUUGCCUGACUCCAGCCAAUCCAACGUGGUGGUGGAGCCCAGCGGCUUCCUGGAGAUCACCAACUACACCAGCCAGCAGCUGGAGGAGGACAGCCCCAUGGAGCAGGAGGUGGACAGCAGCAACGACGAGGCAGCGGCCGCCAGCCCCCCUGACCAACCAUAAGCACACACCAGGCUCAAGAUUCCGUUUCUUCUCAAACCCAGUGGACAAAGACUUUCUGGAAGAUUUCCUUUUGAAAUGGCAAGAGCGGGACUGCUCUUUGUUUUUCUUGUAAAUAUUAGUUUACUAUAAGCCCUUUAUUCCUCCCCUGGACUAAUGAAACAUGUGUUUUUUAUUUCCAGUGAGGAACGCUGGAUGUAGAAUGUGGGAGCAGAGUGAAAGGAUUUAAAGCGACCCCGUACAGCUGGAGAGAAGCUAGUCCAAACAAACAGGACUUCAUUAUUCCAGUUCAUUAAUGUUGGUACUUGCAGGACUUUGCAAGGCAGUCACACAUCCAUGAAACUGAUUAUUUGGAUUUUUUGGACCUGCUCGUACUUUCAGAAACAUACAGCUGGAUUAGAUCUCUGAAGGCCUGCAUUUAUUUUUAAUUGUCCAAGGUUUCAGAUACCUCUUUCCAAUUAUUGGCUUUGGUCUCUUCAGAUUUUUGCACACUGACUCUCCUGCUGACGGUGAUCCUCUUUAGAGGACCCGUCGGUUUGAACCGAACAGUAUUUCGUUGACUGAAGUGGAACUUUGCAGCAGUAAAAUCUCUUAAAACACUUAUGGGAUUUAAGUUUUCAGAAGAGAGAAGAAAAGCUGCUGCAGAUUGAAUUUCUGUGUGGAACCAGAAAAGAGUCCUGGAGGACAGAUCAAGUCCAGCACAGAAUGUGUUACUGCUCACUGUAACUGUCGAAUGAGAAUACAAAUGUACCUAUUUUGUAAAAUAUAUUCUGGAUUUCGAAAACUUGCUGUAAGAAUUUCGCUCCGUAUGGCUUUGCUUGUUGCAUAGUGUGUUUUAAACUAUGCAUUUCUUUUAUACCUUUUCAAACUAGGGGACUGGUUGAGAACGGUUGUUUAAUCUGCUAAAUAAAUCAGCUGAGUAGACCACGCUGUUUUAUACUGUUGAAUUGAUGAUUAAUGGGGAUUGGAGUAAGAGGCAGUUUUAAACUAUAAAAGAAAGAAUGCGCUGAAAAACUCUCCCAACAUGUUUUAAAAGUUGGAAAAUGCUUUCAGACCAUAAAAGUAGGGGUUGACUAAUACUGCUUUUCAAGAUCAAACAUCUUAACUGAAUAUUCAACACCUUAUUUAGAUACACAUGCAAACAGUUGACCCGUUACACUUACAAUAUAGUCACGUGUUGAGUGACAUUUACUGUUGUGAUAGUGUUGUGGGCCAGACAUAAGGAAGCAAACAGGAACUGAGCAUGAACAAGAGGAUUUAAAGGGAUAUUCCAGUGUAAAAUUAAUUUAGGGUCAAACACACCAUAACACCGAGUUAGACAACCCCCCGAGAGAUGAAUGUUCCCGACCACUUGCUUCUCUAGUUAUAUCAACUUUAGUAACAACCGCAUGAUAUCAUUUUUUCAUGGAAAUGCAAUCGGACCGAGACGCUAAGGCAGAAGAACUACCGUGUCUGCAGUGCAAAAUGAUUAAUAUGGUGAUUAUUACUUCAAGGAAAUGAUACAGAAAUGAUCAUAAAUGUUCCUCUUGAGAUUUGUCACCCCGCUGCAGUCGGUAAUGGACUUGCUCGAAGUCUCCGUACAAACUAGCGGCUGCUGGAAGAGAGUAGGCGAGUUGUGUUUUGUCUCUUUGCUAAAAAAAGAAGUAAAGGACCCUAUAUGUCCUGUUGAUGAAGUUAGGUGCUGUUCUGAGCAUUAUUUUUGGCUAUAAAGUGGCGUUUUGGUUGAGGUUUGUUUAUGGCUUCUCAGACUGCUGUGUAUUGCUAUCGUGCAGUAUCCACCGGAAUAUCCCUUUAAAUGCAAGAAACCGUUCUGCAUUAAGAGCAAAUAUGGUGGUACAAAGAAAAGUUAAUGAUUCUGAUAUGUAAACAGCACUGACUUGGAAAACUCUAAGACUACUUAAGACCUGGAGAUAGAGCACAGACUGAGUAAUUUGCUAAGCUCUGUGUAGCCUGAAUUACUGUAAUAACUUCUGCUAAGUCACAUCAUGACAGGACUAUUUGUUGUUGUUGGGAUCAAACCUCUAAAUUUUCUCCUCUGCAGGUUUAAAAACCAGCCAAACUCUCGAGCUACAGCAUGUUCAGGUUCGUAAAAACACAGAGGUCAGAUUUACGACACUUUUAUGAGCCUUUUUGGCCACAUUUGAUCAUUAUAUAUCUAUUUACACUUGGCCUGAAAUUGGCUCAGGCGGCCAAAAAUACAUAUCUGGAAUUUAUGGUGGCUCCUACUGGCAGGAAUAAAAGCAUAUUUAUUGUGUUAUAAAGACGCUUUGAGCCAAGUGUGGAUGGUUAUUAGACACUGUGCUGUGGUGUUUGAGGUUUUUCUCCCAGCUCUGCUCUCUUGUAAAAUGUUAAUGCUCACUCUCGACUAGAAUCCAGCUUCACUCUGGCUCUUUUUCCUGCUGAUGUUGAAAGUGAUACUCGAGGCUCCUGGGGGGCUCAGAUCCAGCUCGCAGCAUCUGAUUGGUCGGCCUACACCUAAAGACAUGUGGAUCUGUUUAGGAGCAUGCUGACUUACCGUCCCCCCCAGCCUGCACCCCCUGUUUGGAUAAUGUUGCUCAAGUCCCACCGGAGAGCACAGUUUACUCUACUCUGCUGACUCACCUGACCAAGACACAGCUACAGAGAUGGUAUGUAUCACCCUGUGUUUAACAAAGAAUGACUACAUUAACCCUUUAUUACAUAUUUUCAGGUUUAAGAAUUCUAUAUAACUCCUUAUCUUAUAUAUAAAGACACCAGACAAGUCCAUAUUUACACUUCUCCUCACCAAAAUUAUUUGUUUUUAAUAAGUGAAUACACCCACUUUGGUUUCAUUUAUGAUUACGUCUUAACACUAACUUCCUUUUAUUAUAAAUCAACUCACCUGAGCAAGGUGAUGUUUUUUUAACAUAAAACAAUGUUACCUGUACAGGGUUUUUGAAUCAUAACUAUCGGCCUUUUCUCUCUCAUGCCAAAGUCUCUUUAUGGUCGCUCCAUGUCUGUUUUCUUUAAUUUGUUCAAAGUCUCUUUCACUCUGCAUCUUUUUGGUCUCAUCUCUCGGUAAUGUCUGCGUUUUCUCUCCACCUUUCGCUUCAUUUUCUGCUAACUUUCUGUGCUAAAGUUCUGGAUACCUGAGAGAAAAAAAUGUGACAGCGUCCACUUUACAUGAGUAACCGAUCAAUAGUUGAAGGCCGUGAUCACAGCUAAAAUAUCAACUAUACAGGGAGUCAAAGUUUAAACUAUUGUGCUAUUUUUGCUCCUGUCUUUGUCAGUGGAGAUGAUGCAAACUGAAAUGAUGUAAUGAAAAUCCCCCCAAAUUUAAGAGUAAAUCAUUGUUAAUCAUCUUGAUAGUCAUAUAGUCAUCAUUUUGGUAGUCAUCAUUUCUUAGUAUUUGUCAUCAUUUCGUUAACAUUAAUAGUCAGUUAAACCGCGCAGGAAAGACUCACGGUGUAACAUGCUGUUAGGAGUUUCAUCCAUCACGUCGAUGAUCUAUCACAGGGGCCAGAGCAGCAUUCCUCCAGCUUUAGUUUUCUGGAUUUCUCUUCUGUCUGUUUGUUAGUCAGGGUGAGUCUGUGCUGAGUUCCUCCGCUCUACUUUUGAUACUCACCGGUUUCUUUGGAAAGAUAUGACUAAAGAAUGGACUGAACACAAUAAAUCACCUCUUAGAAACAAAACUACAAAGAAACACCUCCCCACAGACGUUUAACUUUAAGUACCACAAUGUCACAAUGAUCUGUUUGUUAUCGACCAGGUUUGUGGAAAUCUGAGACUUUUGUAAGUCAUUGUAGUUUCAACCAUAAAUUAACUUUUGGACCUGCAUUUUUAAACUGUUUAACCUACUAUUUACAGUGAAACUGAGACUCACUAGAAGCACAUGAACAGGCAUCACUUUGAUGAAUGGAAAGACAAUAAACCCUGUAAAUUAAAGACAUGACAGGGUUUAUUUUGCAGUCAUCUCUGGAGGGACAUAUUCACUUCAGCCCCUAAUUCAUUAAUUGGUCUUCAAACAAUCGACAGGAAGUAACAGGAAGUCCUGGCUUGAAGAUUUUCAUCACUUACCCCUGGCUGCACGUUGGCCAUUGUUUCCAGAGGUGUCCUCUUUAUCAUUGUGAGACAAUGAGAAUCCAGAAAUAGUGUUGAAAGAAAAGCCACAUGAAUUAGUUGUUGAGUGACUUACUAUCCUAGCAGUCCACAGCUAUGUCACAUUUCCUUGUUCUGAUUGAUUUAUGUGGGAGAGUCAUUUUGGUCCAUAUCAUUGAGGCCUCCCUCUUCUUAUCAUGGGAUGAACAAUGGGCUUCAUAAACAAUUUUCAAUGAUUCAAACAUGAUUUUUACUUUGUCUGCAUUUGUCACUAGUGAGGUGAAGAGACGGAACAAACAGUUCAAACUAUUUCCAGCGCCCUGGUUUUUAUUCAUUCCUGUCCUUUUUUGGUGAAAGUCCCAGAGUUGAAACAAGUGUGAUGCAAAAGUAUCUCUCUGUAAAAAAAAAAAAAAUGAUUGGCAGCUAGCUUUGGGGAUUGUACUGUAAGUGCAUUACUAGGCAGCUGAUUGGUAAACAAAACCUCAACAAAAUGAGAAGGAACGCAAGGUUUGGAGCUGUUAGAGUGAUGGUGUUUUCAUUCUUCAAUGUAUAACCCACGAGCCACUGACUAACUUGUUAGUUUUGGUCAUAGACUGUAUACAGAAGUAAUUAAGGAGUUCAUGUUUUCUAUGAUUGACACUUGAUACAGCCUAUGAGCUUACGAAGAUUGCGUAGCUCACCCGGGGGAUACGCUGUUUGAGUUGAGCGUCAUCUUUUGUACCAACAGCCAUCAGACUUUUUAACUAUUUUGUAAAUAGUAGAUAACUUUUAGAGACAUGUCAGGUGAGACAACAGGCAAUUGAAGCGACUCUCGGCCACUCUCCCGUCAAAUACGUACAAUGCUAAUGCGCAAGUGGUGGAGUGCGUACAACAAUACUGCGCUAUGUUGGUUUCAGGAAAUGAAGAAAAAUCACGGAAAUACCGAGAGCUUUUUUGGCUUCAAAUCCGUAUACUGGUGGAAGGCGGAACCAAAUUGUCCAUAGUAUAUACAGUCUAUGGUAUUGGUCAAUCAGAUAGUAGUAGCAGGUUUGAAAAAGACACACCGCCACCUACUGCAACGGAGGCGGACAUGCAUCAUGUCAGUAAUUCAGUUCUUGUCCAGUGCUUGUAAACUGAGAUAAGAACAGCAGACCAGUUAAACUGCCUUAUCGAGCUCUGGCUGUAGCUCCACUUCACUGUGCAUGUAAACAUACUGACAGACAUGUCACACAAUCAUGUGACGCUAACCAAUCAGGUAGUGUUGUGGGUGGGACAUAAGAUGAGACAGAGUGGUGAGUGAAAACAGACCUAAAGAGAAAUACACACAUCAUGGCUCCACAGUAGUGCGUUUUCUAAUCAAAAUAUUACAGCCCCAAUCAGCCCGAUAAUUGACUAAGGCGUAUAAUCAUAAUAGACCCAUUAUGGUAACAUCUCUGGCUUAGUUCUGAGGAAACAACUGGUAUAAAUUUGUGACUUUAGGGAUAGCAUAACAGACGCAUUUUUGACAGAUUUAGAGUGGACAAAGAGCUCAGUGAUUUACUGUUGCUCUUGUAUUGCUUGCUGUAACUGUAAUAUUGCUGCUGCCUAUCAAAGGCGGUAGAAUUCAUGAUGUGGUUAACUAGAAUAAGUGUUCAAAAGUUUGAAGCUGAAAGCUGAAAGACUCAUGUCUGUGAGGUUAAAAUAGGAAUGUCUUCGUUUUUCUGGACUCAGGGUGAUCAGGGCUGCAUUCAUAAGUUUUAUCAGACAAUACCAUGUAAAAUAUGUCUGUGAUGAUGAUUCAGUCCUCUUUCCAUCUGUUUUAAGUCAAGAAACCAUCUUUGGGAGUAUCCUCCUGUUGAUGGAUGUGCAUGUUGGCCUGUGUGUGUUUGUGUGUGACUGGCUGUGCCUCGCUCCAUGAUCUCCAAGCUCAACAGCGGGCAAACUGAGCGCACAUAUCAUCCUAUUAUUCAUCCACAGAAAUCCCAGAGCUCUCACUCUGCGCUCAAUAUCCCGAUUUAUCUCCGAGGAGCAUGGGAAAGGUCAAAGGUGAUCAGCCCGGGCUUAUUCCCUUCAGCUACAUGAAUUUAAUGGAAGCUAUUUCUGUGUUUAUGCUGCUAUAAACUUUUAUUUGUGAUGUCUCUGGUUGUUUACCUCGAGAUUGCUGUGCGUGUGUUUGGGAAUUAAAACAAGAGAAGCAGAAAUAGGCGGGACACACUCUCAGAACAAUGCUAUCAAACAUCCUGCAUCUGCUGUUUCUGAAAUAAAUAAUAAAUAUUUAAGGGGAAAAAAGGGUAUAUUGACUUUCUUUGAGGUCCCUCCAAGAACAUUGUGUGUGAGCCUCCAGGUUGAGUCAGUUCGAAGUCAGCAUGUCUGUUUUAUGAGCGGGUCAAGAUGUUGGGCAUAUGGCUGUGAGAUAAUCACAAUAUCAUGCCAGAGUUUCCAGUUACAUUGUCUAUGCACAUGCUGAGGAGUUUUAUUUAUUUGUGUGAUGUGAGCUCAUGGUUAUAAAUGAUUUCUCUGGGCUUCAGGUGAGUCAAUAUUUCUCACACGAGGUAAACAUGAGGUUUGAAGUGAGGGGUCAUCCAAAGUUUCUUUUCAUGAGAAACAAACACAUGGAAAAGUACAGCGAGCAGGAAAUAAUCUCAGGAUAUACCAAGUCGACUGAACAGAUCAUGGAUGUAAUCUCAGUGAUGUCACUAAUUGUUGCUGAAUCAGACUUUUUAUGCUUGAAGGGACAUUCGGGCGUAAAACAAACAUCAACCAAAACACUCUAUAGCCACAAAUAAUGCUCAGAACAGCACCUAACUUCAUCAACAGUACAUACAGGGUCCCAGCCAUAGUACUAGCCACCAAACAUCUAACUUUGUCUAAUUUCUUUAGCAAAGAGACUAAACACAACUCACCUACUCUCUUCCAGAGUAGUUGUUUGUAGCGAGACCUCGGGCCAGUCCAUUACGGACUACAGCGGGGUGACGAAGCCCAAGGAAGAACAUUUAAGAUCAUUUAUAUAGUGUUUAAGCAUUUUCUUUCCUUAAGACUGAUCAGUUUUGUUUGAUUUUUAUUACAAUUUCCAUGUAAAUUACCAGGAAACUAGUCACUUCCAAAUAUUACUCUUGGAAAUGCUGACUCUGCCCAUAAUGGAGCCCCUAAUGAUGCUAAAUAUCCUUUUUGAACCAGGCUGUAAACUAGCUUAUUGAUAGACUUUUAAACAAAGUGCUGUUUGGUGCAGCAUUGAUGAGACAUUCAAGGGACUGCUGUUGUUAAAGGAUUUGAAAGUUUUCUAUGAAAAUAAAUUCUGUAAAUUGAUUAUGGCCUGUAAAGUGUUCGCUUCACAAACCAUCUUCAUCAUCGUAGAUUUUAUGUUUUAGCCUACAGGUGAUUUCUUUGACUUCUUUUGCCUUUACUUUGCUGUUAUCGCUGCUUUUUCGCCACAAAAACCAUGACCGGACUUCUUUCCGUGAACCUGUAGCCCUUCAGAGUCUGUUAGUAGAACCGUAGCUAUGGCAACAGUGACUGUUGCUGUAAACUGUUCCUCUGUAAUGUCCAAUCAGAAUCAAGUACCAAACAUGGCAGUGUAAUAUGGAUAAUACUCGAUAUUUUUCAUAAAUCUCUGGAAUGAUCAGCCGAUCAAUCGAAGUUGUUACUUAAAUACUUGUUGAUACUUGUUUUUAUACCAUGAUUUUCUUUAAGACUGAAUUUAAGUUGCUGUAACGUCUGUAUUUGUGCCUCUAAAUACUGAAGUUCCUAAUUGAUAGAUGAUGAUAUGUGAUAUAUGUGUGGCCUAUAUAAAUGAAUGCUCUCUAAUCAAUAUUUAUGACAUCCUAAAAAAAUGGUUGUAGUUGUUUACUACAGUGUUUUUCUCUAUUUUCUCACUUUCUUUUUUUUUUCUUCUGUCUGAGUAACCUGCUCUUGUUUUUAGUUUGAAAAGACUUUGUUUGAUCUCAGCAGGGCUAAACAAUGAAAAACACAGGUUCAUUUUCAUUUAUGACUCAAUGCCCGGUCAUACAGCAGAGGAAAAGUAAGUGAGGUCUGCUCCCAAUUAAGGAACCACAAAUAUUUCCCGUAGGCCUCCUGAUUCUGUCUGUGCUCAUCUCAUAAACACAGGAAAAAAGAAAGGUGGUGGAAUUUUACAAAUGGAGAACAGGAAAGGGAACAAUGCCUCUUAGCAGGAUGGCACAGCUGUGAGGUGGUGCGAGGCUGUUUUGUCCUUAGGUCAGAAAACAUUAAAGCCACAGUUUGAAUCUGACACGGAGAUCUCACAGGUUUAAUCCUACUUUUCCUCGAGGGAGCUGAGUUUUUACCAUCUGUUUAACUUUUUCCCAAAUAGAGUUAGAUUAUAAAUAAAGUUAGAGUGUUUAGUCUCAUUUAAUGUCCAAGUGGGUCACUUUCCUGAAACACAGGGUGGAAACACUUUGUUAGAGAUCAAAUCUGGCAGCCAAAUUUAGACAAGAAGAGUACAGAGGUUUUUCCACUGGAAUAGAAAACACCACGUUGUGGAUUUAGACGAUAUGGGAUUUUUUUCAAUAGGCUACUUAAGAAUAAUAUUGGAUAUUACCAGCAUCUGAGGUUAAACUAUAUUAUUUAACAACAUUAUCAUUAUAUGCUGGUUUGGCUUAGCAUUUCAGGUUUGCACUCGUACAGAGGCUCAAGUCCAAACCAGCUGUGGUCUCUGGUUUGACUCCCAGCCCCAAACCUCUGCUGCAUGUCACUCUGGCUCACAAUUUCUCUCUAUUUACUUGCUGUCUAAUCUCAUAAAUCGUAUCAAUAUUGAAAGAAAAAUCCGUUGAAUCACUGGAAGUUUAUCAACCACCAUUACUGUAGUACCGAGACCAAGCCACCCUCCUGAGAAGUGUUCAAUUUUCUUAAUUUACCCCAACACAACAUUUGGUGAGCAAGUGUAGACUAUGGGAAUCACCUGAAGAUAUUAAAGCUCCAGUGAGGAACUCUGAGGUUUUUGUCAAAUUCAGUGCCUAAAAAAGCAACACUAUAAGAUUUAGUGAGUCUCAGUGUUGUCAAAAACCUCCUUACAAGAGCUUUAAUUAAGUUAAAUGUAUAGUGUCAUUGUUUGCAGAAGUAGCAGAAGAAGUAACACAAACCUGUACAAUAGGAGAGUACAAGUACCUCAAAACUGCAAUAUAUGUUGCUUUGAACAACUUAACACCCCAAAUAUCGUUGUGUGGAAGGACCAAAGUGUUCUAAAAUGUUAAACUUGUGUACAUUAAAUAUACUUAUGUAACUGCAGAGAGCUCAGAGAAGAAGGGCUUGAAUAAAUCACUGAACAAACAUAACCCCCGCUCACAUAAACACAGUCUAGACAGCUCUAGACAUGAGAUAAAAAAUGAAUGCUUCUGAGGUUUCCUGUCCCAGCUCAAUUUACAGAGUUACAAAAAGCAGAAGCUAAAUUGAAAAUACAACCAAACGGGCUUUCUGUGAGAUUUAGGAUGGUAGUAAAAAUCUAACACAAACACUCACUGAUGUGUUUCUAUUAGUGCCACACAGGGAAAUAAAGUUUAAAAUACUCCAUGACUACGACAAAGUCAGUCUGAUUUUUUGGAGAGCAUGUGAGAAAUUGUCAUUUUUGAGUCAAAAGUAAGACCCCCCUCCCCGACAUGAAACAGGAUGCCCCGUGGAUCACUUCCUGUACCACCCAGUCAGUAAAUUAUCAUCAGUGAGUGUCUCUCCGGGGAGGAGGAGGAGGAUCUGACUCACAGAGGAGGGAAACUUUCAUCAGACAGUUCAUAUAAAUCUUCUCAUGGUGGACAGCACUUUCUCAAUCUGUAAAACUCAAUCCAAUGUAAACACAGGAAAAGAAGAGCUGAGGAAAACCGGCUGCAGGGAGAUAACAAACAAGCGUUCAAAGGGAGGCGUAUCGAUCUUAAAUGUUAUGACCUUUGUCUGUUUUAUUGUGUUGUAAUUUAGUGUUGACAUGUGUUGUGUUAUGAUAUUUCUGUGUGAGUGAAAUAGUCCCUAAAACUUGUUGACAGGUACUACGCUACUACAAGUAACUCAUUAUGUGUCGACUCUUGUAAUGCCUCUUGGAUAAAAUCAGUUGAGUUUAGCCACAUGUCAUUAUGCUCAAGACUUUCCUAUUUGAUAAAGCUUCAAGUUAGAGCUGGUUCAGGCCUAGACCAGGUUUAGACUGUCUCACAUUAAGCACCUCACCCUCCUUCUCCAUCCUAUUUCUGUCUGUAUCACAAACUUUGAAUCAUAAAGUCUCAUCAGAAUCGCUCAUACACAGUCUUUUCUGGGAGUCUCUGAGCUCCUUCUUCUUGAAGGUACUCUGACAUUAGACAUUUUGCUGCCGUGGACCUGCCUGUUUCUAGCUGCUUUAGAGAGAUAUUACAACGUAGAAUUAAUUUAGGGUCAAACGCACUGUAACACCGAGUUAGACACCCUGUCGAGAGAAGAAUGUUGCCGACCGCUUGCUUCUCUAGUUAUACCAACUUUAGUAACGACCGCACAGAGAGCCACACGCUCAACCAAAACUCCACUCUAUAGCCACAAAUAAUGCUCAGAACAGCACCUAACUUCAUCAACAGGACAUAGAGGGUCCCAGCCAUAGUAUUAGCCACCAAACAUCUUUUUAACUUUGCCUAAGACUUAACACAACUCACCUACUCUCUUCCAGCAGCCGCUUGUUUGUAGCGAGACCUCAGGCCAGUCCAUACGGACUACUGCGGGGUGACCCUACAUAUAGGGUCCC